CCAACUUAAGACUACGCAGACACACACACUCACAAUGACCACAAUCGACCCCUGCAAACCAUCCCUCACAUCCAACGACUCAGCCGUCCUGCAAGCCCUCUUCGAUGCAGAGUCCUCUCCCUCCUCCGCUCUCGCCAUCGACGCGACCCUCCCCACAUUACCAGCCCACCUCAACAUCUCCCCAGAGAAGCAUGAAUCCCUAAAGUCAGCCGAGCUGGAGAUCAUCCGCACGCUCCAACAGCCAGAGCCCUCGCUCUCCACCGUCCAGAAAGCCAUCACCGACCUGGACCUCCUCAUCACUGACGCACCCACCUAUCCCUCCGCCUACAUGAACCGCGCCCAAGCCCGCCGUCUCCUGAUCGACCUCACCCUUAUCCCAUCCUCCUCCUCGCUGCCCUCCUCGAGCAUCCAAGAUCCAGACACAGACACAGACACAGACCUCAAGCUCUUCGCACCCGCCAACCGAGCCCCCGCCUCCGCCCUCCUCGCCGACCUCACCCAGGCUAUCCAGCUCGCCAGCCCGCGCUCCCCCGCCGAUCCCGUCUCCCCGGGCCAAGCACGCAUUUUGGCAGACGCAUACACGCAUCGGGGGUAUCUCUUGUUGAAAGCCGCGAGGUUCCGACACUCCCACGGAGAAGGCGGUCCGGAGCGAUUGGACGGGCUGGGGGCACAGCAGCUGGAGGAGAUGGCGAGCGGGGAUUUCUUCCUAGGGGGUCGGUUCGGUAACAAGGUCGCGCAGCAGCUGGCGGUGCAGACGAAUCCGUAUGCGAAGAUGUGCGGAGCGAUUGUGAAGGAGGCGUUGCGAAAGGAGGUUGCGGCGGGGUCGGUGAUGGAUUGGUGA